AUGACAUUACCAGAAGGUUACAAGAUCAGAAGAAUUGAAAAGAAAGAUUACGAAGGUGUAGUUGAAACCUUAGCGGUUCUAACUACAGUUGGUAAUCUUACUCGUGAACAAUUUGAAUCCAUUGUCGAUUACUGGAAUUCUGUUCAAAUGUACCAUGAUAAAUCCAUCUAUAAAUAUAAUCCCUCUGUGAUUGUCGAUGUUAAUACUGAUGAAGUUGCCGCAGUGGGGAAUAUUAUCUUGGAACAAAAAUUAAUUCAUGAAGGUGGUAUAUGUGGACAUAUUGAAGAUAUUGCAGUGUCUAAGAAUCAUCAAGGUAAAAAAUUAGGAAAGGCAUUACUUGGAUAUUUGAGUGAUUUAGGGUUCCAAUCUGGUUGUUAUAAAAUUAUAUUAGAUUGUAAUGAGAAAAAUGUUAAAUUCUAUGAAAAAUGUGGGUAUUCAACUACUGCUAUUGAAAUGCAAAAAAGAAAAUAG